CCGCACCUGCCGCCGGCCCUCCUCCCCUUCCCUUCUUCCGUUAGCGUCGCUCUCCAGGGCUGCUGCCUUUGUCCUAACUGGGAGCACCAGACUGCGUAUGGGACGUGUUGAUUCCCGCAGCACUAUAUUUUGCUUUAAAGUGGUGUCACCUGUUUAAUUUUUAAAUUUUCUCCUGGGAUUUCAUUUCUUUGUGGUCGGUCUUGUCAGCUGGGUUAUCUUUGUGAUUUAAAGCUUUUGAUGCAUUCUGAACAGUUGGACGAUGAAAGGUGAAAAUAAGAAUGUCAGACACUAGUACGCACUUAAAAUAAGCAAAUGUCUCCUUCUUUUCAUCGGCAGGAUUAGAGUCCGCGAGUGCGGGUCAGCGCAGUCCUACCCAGUCACGCCCUGUGCAGCUUGGGCCGCAGACUUUCCUCCCCAGCUAACUUUGUCCUGCCCUGUUGGGUUGGAGCAGCCUUCUUAUCUGCGCUGUGUAGCGCUCGUGCCUAAAUGCAUUGGUAGUUGGUCUUCACGAAAGGAUUCGAUGUCGGCAGCAGAUCUGAUGCACUGAUCAGUUAGAAUAUUUUAAUAACGUUCUCGUCGUCUAGGCCGUAUCGUAUGUGCGGUUUCAUACUAAUCCAUAAAUGCAUGGAUUUUGUGAAUUCUGAGCUAAGUAAGGCACCUCUUUUUAUUGCCCCAGUAAGUCUAAUCUUGUUUUAACUACCCCUUUUUAAUGAACUAGUUGGGCAGUCAGUGCAAACUCAAGCCAGUGUCCAGAAACAGAGGUUUAGUCACUGUGAAAAAUCAGUGAAAUAUCUCAAAAUUGAUGAGAAAUACAUUUGAAAAGUUUAGAGAACUUUUAUUCGGUUUAGCGUCCUUCUUCUAUAGAUGAGACCCACAGACUUGGACAGGUUAGAUCAUUUACCCUGGUCAGUCUGCAUCAGCACCAAAUGUCGUGAACAGGCCUGGUCGGCACAGGGAGGCUCAGAGUGAAGCGUUGCCUCCCCAAGCCCGUGGGUGGUGGGCAGUCUCCUUGGGGCGAAGGAAGCCUGGCACCCGGGGCAGUUGCCUCUCACUUUUGUUCCCCACAGAUUUUUCUAAGAGCAGUGCAAGGUAAAACUUGAAUUAAACAGUGAUGUUAGAUGGGAAAAACAAAACAGGUUACCCUCCUCCUUGAAACGUUGCUAUGAAUGACUGUUUCUGGUUUCCUUCAGACUAUGCUGAACUUCGGUUGAUGUAAUUCAGCAUUUAUACUGCCCGUGUGAAAUCAUAGUGCGGCCUUUUAGAGCAAGAUGUUUGGGAUUGGGCAGUGUAUGAGCGCCCCCCCAUAGGUGGAAAGUAGUUGACUUCUCUGGCUGGAGUGUGAGGCAAGGAGAGAAAACUCUUAGUUUGGAAACCUUGUUUGCAAUUGCAGACUUACUUAUAACUGUGUUUUUCUCGGAAUUUGUAAUAUGACAGAUUGAAAAGUGAAAUCGUAGCUUCAUUUUGAUCAUUAGUUAGACGGAUGUAAUAUUCUGAGUGAUCUGAAUUACGUGUUACUGACUCAAAAUAGGUCUUUAGGUUCAGAGUGUCUUCAAAAAAUAUAUUGUGCAUAUUUCAGUUUUUCCGUUAUUCUCCCCCCCCAAAAAAAUCCCUUUUUUCUCUUUUAACAUUUUCCACAACUUAAAAAGAUUUUACAUGCUGUGCUUGGCUCUGGUAAACUAUUGUUGGUGUAAUCCAGGACAAAGAUAGCACUUUCAGACAACUGCAAGUAUGUUCUCAAUGUGACUUGGUGCUGAAGCUGAGGCAGGGCACGUGUUGAGCUUGGAAGCAGCUGGAGAAACUUGAUACUCAGACCGGAGGUUAAGGAGGUUAAAUGGGCAUUUUAACCAUCCAUAGUGAAAAACUCUUUUACUGUUCCAAUAAUAGUGUCUAACACUUCAGCCUCAUUGAAAACAUCUAUCGGGCAGAAAUUUGAUAAACAGUGUAUGUUGAGUGAAGCACUGUAAGGAGAGAAAGAAGUGGAAGGUAGUUGUUUUGCCGGUGGUUUGGGGUUUUUUUUUUUGUUGUUGUUGUUGUUGUUGUUCCAUUUCUCAGGACUGCUUGAGAGGGCCUCACUUCCGUCUCUUCCACCUUUCUGUCCUCUUUGCUAUUCUCUUCUACUGUUCUCUUAGAUCAGCAGAGAUGAAUCAGGAAGUGGGGAGAAGGAGCACAACCAGAAUUUUUCCAUGUUUCCUAGCUGUUUGGAUAAAUUUGAGCAGUUGCGUUUUGACACUCAAGGUUCCUUUGUUGAACAGCAGCAGCCAUUACAAUAUUUUGGCAUUUGUGAAAACAAGAAAGGCCACAAAGGUGGAAGAACAGCUUGCUGAAAGAAAGAGUUAUUCUUGCAGUGAUUCCUUUGUUUGUAUAUGUAAGAAAAGUUUUUAGAAGAAGUAGUUGAACAUUACGUUAUUAACUAGUUGUUAGAAAAGUUACAAAUUUCUGUCUGAUAGAUGUUUUCAAGUAAUGAGGCUGAAGUAUUAGACACUAUAAGAAUAUUGUGAGUGUUCUCCUCCAGGACUGCGGAAAGGCUAGCCUUGGUGCGGUAACAGCGUGCUCCUUCCUCUUCAGCACAUGCGGGUAAAGCUCAAGAAGAGCGGACCGUCUCUCCUAGCCCACAUGCUUGGCCCUCCGUGUAAUGUUUCCUACGAGGGACAGCCCUGUGCUGCGCUGUGGGAGCCUCACAGUUUGAGCACAACUGUCCUGUGGCCACACCUGAUUUCCAGGGUGAGGAUGUACAGUACUGGGAAGAACAGGAGUUUUUCUGAACUGCCUGACUGACGCUGUCAUCUGUACCUGAGGAUGCCCAGAGGAAAUGGGGACUGGGUGCUGGGUAUGACUUUCGCCUUCAGGGUGGAGUUUGGAGCUCAAAGGGCAGAGUUGCAUGCAACUGAAUGAAGUCAUCUGGGAAAACAAGUGAAGACAAAAGGAGCUGAAAGAUGGAGAAUUCUAGAGUUAGAGAUUAUGAAGGCAAAGAAAAGCCAGCUAGAGAGACCAAGAAGGAACGUGAAAAGAAGGAAAGCAAGGAAGUCAACCCCAGAAGUAAACGAUUGAGAGUGGUUCAGGAGAGACCCAAGAAUGGUCAGAGUUUUUUGGUCUUGGAUGAACAAAGAUUUGCGAAAGAAAUUCUUCCCAAAUACUUCAAGCACAAUAACAUGGCGAGCUUUGUGAGGCAGCUGAAUAUGUAUGGUUUCCGUAAAGUGGUGCACAUGGACUCUGGAGUUGUAAAGCAGGAAAGAGAUGGUCCUGUUGAGUUUCAGCACCCUUACUUCAGACAAGGCCAGGAUGACCUGCUGGAGAACAUCAAAAGGAAGGUUUCAGCUUCAAAACCUGAAGAAAAUAAAAUUAGUCAGGAAGAUUUAACAAAAAUUAUGACUAGUGCUCAGAAGGUUCAAAUAAAACAAGAAACUAUUGAGUCCAGGCUUUCAGAAUUAAAAAGUGAGAACGAGUCCCUUUGGAAGGAGGUUUCAGAAUUGAGAGCGAAGCACGCACAACAGCAGCAAGUUAUUCGAAAGAUUGUCCAGUUUAUUGUUACAUUGGUUCAGAAUAAUCAACUUGUGAGUUUAAAACGUAAAAGGCCUCUACUUCUAAACACUAAUGGAGCCCAAAAGAAGAAUCUGUUUCAACACAUAGUCAAAGAACCAGCUGAUAAUCACCACAAGGUUCCACACAGUAGGAGCGAAGGUUUAAAGCAAAGGGAGCGGAUUUCAGAUGAUAUCAUCAUUUAUGAUGUUACCGAUGACAAUGCAGAUGAAGAAAAUAUCCCAGUUAUUCCCGAAACAAAUGAGGAUGUUGUAUCUGAUCCUGCCAACUGCAGCCAGUACCCUGACAUUGUCAUCGUUGAGGAUGACAAUGAGGAUGAGUACGCACCUGUCAUUCAGAGCGGCGAGCAGACGGAGUCGGCCAGGGAAUCCCCAAGUUCAGGCAGCAGUGGCAGCAGCCCUCUCACGUCCAGUGCUGUCCAGCUAAAUGGGUCCUCUAGCUUGACCACGGAUGACCCCGUGACCAUGAUGGACUCCAUCCUGAACGACAACAUCAACCUUCUGGGAAAGGUCGAGCUGUUGGACUAUCUCGACAGCAUUGACUGCAGCCUAGAGGACUUCCAAGCCAUGCUGUCGGGAAGACAGUUCAGCAUCGACCCAGACCUUCUGGUUGAUCUUUUCACUAGUUCUGUGCAGAUGAAUCCCACAGAUUACAUCAAUAAUACAAAAUCUGAGAAUAAAGGACUGGAAGCUACCAAGAAUAAUGUUCAACCAGUUUCUGAAGAAGGAAGAAAACUGAAGUCCAAACCAGGUAGAUAUAGAGACAAGCAGCUCAUCCAGUACACCGCCUUCCCCCUGCUUGCCUUCCUCGAUGGGAACCCCACGUCUGCUGUGGAGCAGGGCAGCAGCACCACGGCACCGGCAGAAGCUGCGUCCUCUGCAGAGAAGCCUAUAGAAGUAGAUGAGCUUCUGGAGAGCAGCCUGGACCCAGAACCAACCCAGAGUAAGCUCGUGCGCUUGGAGCCACUGACGGAAGCAGAAGCCAGCGAAGCCACCCUCUUCUAUUUAUGUGAACUGGCUCCUGCCCCGCUGGAUAGUGAUAUGCCACUUUUAGAUAGUUAAUCCCCAGGACGCGGACUCAGCGUGUAUAUAUUCAUCAAAAUGAUGAACUAUUUAUUUUGAAGUAUCAUUUGGUACUUUUUUUUUUGUAAAUUGCUUGGUUUUGGUUUUUGG